AUGUCGAGAUUCUGGUGGGAGAAAUCAGCAACUCAGAAAGGCAUUCCGUGGGUUGCUUGGGAUCGUAUGCAAUUUCCUAAAUGUCAGGGAGGUAUGGGUUUCAAAAAUUUGUGUAAGUUUAAUGAUGCGUUACUUGCAAGGCAAGCAUGGAGACUUGUGCAAUAUCCUAAUUCUGUGAUGGCAAAGCUUUUUAAAGCUCGCUACUUUAAGGAUUCUCAUAUUUUGCAAGCCUCUUCUAAGAGAUAUCAGUCAUAUGGUUGGUCUUCUCUUAUGGUGGGUAUUAAUCUCUUGAAACAAGGUUCACGGUUUAUUAUUGGGAAUGGUAAAUCUGUCAGACUCUAUGAGGAUCAUUGGCUCCCAACUGAACCUCCCAGGUGUGCUACACGAAUGUGUAAUAGACAGCAUCUCAUGGUCUCCGACAUCAUAGUUGCUACGAGUACUUUUCAACAUUGGAAUUUAGAUACUGCUCAACAGCUGCUAAAUGAUGAAUAUUUUCAGCUUAUGCUCACGAUCUACCUUCCUCAAACUAAGAUUGAAGAUACUCUGGUUUGGCCUUUGGAGGCUUCUGGAAAUUACACUGUUAAAAGUGGAUAUAAACGAGAAAUGAUGGAGUUGGGUCGACAGUUACCAGAUUUACUUCCUCCAAGGGGAGACCCAGUGUUGAAAACAAAAAUUUGGAAGCUUCCUAUUAUUCCAAAACUGAAACACUUUCUCUGGCGUAUUCUUACUUUGGCUUUGGGAACAAACACAAGGUUAAAUACAGGGGGUAUGUCAUUGGAUUGCCUCUGUUCUCGCUGUUCUGAUGCUCCUGAAACAGUAAAUCACCUUUUCUUCUUGUGUCCCAUUUCGGUUCAAACCUGGCGCUCGAAUCAAGUCACUUUAGGCUUCUCGGCAAGGUUUACUGAUGAUUUGGAAAAUAAUAUGGAGUAUCUCCUACAACUACAAUCUUCAUCAACGUUAACUAUGGAACAGAAGUUAACCCCUUUCUGGUUGCUUUGGAAGAUAUGGAAAUCCAGAAAUAAUCUUAUUUUUAAAAAUAAGAUCAUUAAUCCCCAACGUGAUGGAGAGUAUGUGACAGUAGAAGUUCGAGAUUGGUUAGAAAAAACAGCUCAGGUUAGUUCUACCCCACGGCAGAUCCCUCUAAGUCCAAGAUGGUAUCCUCCAAUGAUCCCUUAUUACAAAUGCAACUUUGAUGCUGCAUAUAAUCCACAAACUUUCCAUGCUUCUGCUGGCUGGGUUAUUCGAGAUUGUUAUGGAGUAGUACAUUACUGGGCAAUGGCUUUCUUAGGCUCUGCUCAAUCACCACUUGAAGCAGAGAGUAAGGCUUUGUUGGCAGCUAUUCAAUGCGCCUUUGCCUUGGGGUAUAAGAAUAUGAUUUUUGAAGGUGAUUGUCUGGUUUUAAUCAAUUCUCUCACUACUGGGAAAGGAGAUUUUAGUAUUGCCAUGAUUUGUAAUGACAUCAGACAUUGGGGGCGCAAGCUUGGAUUGCUUCAGUUCGCAAGGGUUCCAAGAGAGGCAAAUGUGGUGGCUCAUAUGUUAGCUACACGUUGUGAUCCUACUGUGUUAUUUACAUCAUCCUCUACUUUCAUUCCACAUUGGCUUACCAAUGUGAUUUGUAACGAUUACAUAAGAUGUGCUUAA